UGGAAGACUUGCAAUAGUCUUAUUUAUCUUUCAUUUCACGUAAAGGAGGAACCUGAAAAAAAAAAACUCUAUUUUAAUCUUUUUUCGUUGUUUUAUGUGAAAACAGAACACAGGCAUUCAUUGUUUCAAUCUAAAUAUGAAUACCAUGUGAUAUUGCAAUAAAGGAGUUCUUACUUAAGAUGCACCAAUGAAUUCUAUUGUUAUCUAUUAAAAACUGUAAAAUGUUAUACUGAAUGAACCCACAAUAUGAUUCUGUGAUCAAGUUACUGUGAGAUAAAUUAAAUUCUUAAUCAAACUUCAAUGAGGAGAUGUUCAUGAAACUUCAAGCGUCUUCAGAUAUUGGCAGAGACUGCACAAAUAAUGGAAAUACAUCACUGAAGUAUUUGUUAGAAAUAAAAUAUUAAAACGAAGAGAAAAAAAAUAUCCAUAUAUUGUGGUGAAAGAAGAAAAAUUAUGGAAAAUGAAUUACAUGAGAAUCGGGUUAAAUGUAAAACACAGCCUAAAAUGAUUUGUUUUCCUGAUGGGAUGCUGAGAAAGAAAGCAAAGGCAUCUUACCAAUGUGAUGUCUGUAACAAGUCAUUCUCUCAAAGAAGUCACUUGAUUAUUCAUAAACGCAUUCAUACAGGAGAAAAACCUUUUCACUGUGAUAUCUGUGGUGAGUCUUUCUCACGAAAAGGUCAUUUAACUACUCACAAAUACAUUCACACAGGGGAGAAACCACAUCGAUGUGAUAUUUGUGGUAUAUCAUUCUCUCAAGGAUCAAGCUUAACUAAACACAGACAUAUUCAUACAGGGGAGAAACCAUAUCACUGUGAUGUCUGUGGUAGAUCAUUCUCUACAAGAAGUCACUUAACUACUCACAACCGUAUUCAUACAGGAGAAAAGCCAUAUCACUGUGACAUUUGUGGUAAAUCGUUCUCAGCAACAGGUAACUUAACAUUUCAUAAGCGUAUUCAUACAGGAGAGAAGCCCUAUCAUUGUGAUAUAUGUGGCAUAUCAUUCUCUAAAACAAGUGACUUAACUGUACACAGACGCAGUCAUACAGGAGAGAAGCCAUAUCACUGUGAUAUCUGUGGUAAAUCAUUCUCUGGAUGUGGUGACUUAACUACACACAGACGCAUUCAUACAGGGGAGAAGCCAUAUCACUGUGAUAUUUGUGGUAAAUCAUUUGCUAAAGCAAGUGAUUUAACUAUACAUAAACGCAUUCAUACAGGAGAAAAGCCUUAUCAUUGUGAUAUUUGUAGUAAGUCUUUCUCUAUAAGUGGUAACUUGACAAAACACAGACGUAUCCAUUCAAGAGAAAAACCAUAUCACUGUGAUAUCUGUGACAGAUCUUUUUCUCAAAAAAGUCACCUAACUACUCAUAAUUUCAUUCACACAGGAGAGAAGCCUUAUCAUUGUGAUAUCUGUGGUAAAUCAUUCUCUGUAACAGGUCAGUUAACUACUCAUAAACGCAUUCAUACAGGAGAGAAACCAUAUCACUGCAAUAUCUGUGGUAAAUCAUUCUCUCAGACAGGUAGUUUAAGUAGGCACAAGUGCAUUUCUUUAGGAGAAAAACCGUAUAAUUGACAGCUGUGAUUCAUUCUCUCAAAAAGUCUCUGAACUAGAUAUUUAUUCAUUCCUAUCUUGUAUAACCAUAAUUAAAUUUACAUAACAAAAUUAUAUAAUGAUGUGAUAAAAACUUCUCAACAUUAUAUUUUGUAUGACAACGACUCUCUCUGCAGUGGUGAGGAAACUUUGGAUGCUUUCUGAAUACUCAUACAUUUUCCAUUACACAUUCUAUGACGUAUUUGACAUUUUGUAUAAAUGCUCAAAAAUAUAUUUACAUAUUAUUAUCAUAAAUUAUGAAUUACAUCAUUGUACAGUUAUUAUGUGAGGAGCAAAUACACAAACCAUUUAAAGACAGGAGUUCCGACAUACAAUAACUAGGGGACACACACACACACUCGGUCUGAUAUAUGUUCUUCCAUGUAUCUUAUGCAUAUUCUGUUUGAAAUUCUAUGAAAUGGAUGAUACUGUCAGAUUUUAUAUAUAUUUUUCAUUUAUAAAAUAAUUUAUGACUUGGCGAUUAAGCUGAAUGUUAAUUUACAAGCAUCUUUGAAACCUUAAACUUAAUAUAAAUUCUAAAUGAGUGAUAUAAUAUGUUGUAAUCAUUGUUGUCAGCAUCAUCAUCAUAAUAAAUAGUUAAAUCUCCAUUCUGCGUUAUAGUACAUCCCUUUAGCAUUCAUAUUAUUCUGUCAAAUGUCAUAUUUAUUUAUUCAAAUUGUUUUAAAUUAAUCAUACAUUAUCUCAUAGCUUUGAGAUUUCAAUGAUGUGAUUGUUUAUUUUUAGUAUGACAUUGUAGAAUAGGAGUGAGAGAGGCCAGAUCUGGUCAGUUUCACCAUAAAACAAUCUGAAUAUUUGGGCCGGACAUGGUCAGUUUAAAUGCUAAAGGGAUAUUGAUUGAACAUUUCUCUCAACAAGAUACCACUUUGUUUUGUUCAAUCUUUUAUCAUCUCAUCUGUGAAGUCCAGUGUUUACAGUUCUGAUCUCACCACACUUUGUGGAAAUUCAUAACUUGAAAUUUAAAUAAAGCUGGUUUCCACUUAAAUUACUCUCAUAUCAUUUUAUAUGUAGAAUAUCUAAUUAAGGUGGCGAGCUGGCAGAAACGUUAGCGUGCUAGGCAAAAUGCUUUGCAGUAUUUCGUCUGCCGUUAUAUUCUGAGUUCAAAUUCCGCCGAAGUCAACUUUGCCUUUCAUCCUUUCAGGGUCGAUAAAAUAAGUACUAGUUACACACUGGGGUCGAUGUAAUCAACUUAAUCCAUUUGUCUGUCCUUGUUUGUCCCCUCUAUGUUUAGCCCCUUGUGGGCAAUAAAGAAAUAAGAAUAUCUAAUUAAAUAUGUGCUAACCCCAUCAGCAUCUCUAUCUCUAGAAUUCCCAAAGUUGAUCAAUGUCUAGUAAAAGUUUCACAUUCACCCAACUCUUAUUCAUUAAAUCUUUUACAUUGAAGUUAUCUAAUUUAAUAAAAUUUGAAGUUAAAUUCUAGAUAUUGGAGAUUAUUAUACAGUGAAUAAGAAAUAAAGGUGUAAUUUGUGUAUUAAAUGAUAAUGACAUAGUUAUCUAGUAAUCUUGUAAUCUAGCCAGUUAUUUGAGAAGCAGAACAAGCAAAAUAUACUUACUAAUCUCUACAAGGAGGUGCUGUAAAGUUUCUGGCUUUAAAAGUAUUGUGAAAGGCCUGGUUGGAGGCACAGCCUUCCAAGUUCUUUUACAGGGCUUAGAAAAACUGAAGGAUUGCUGCAAUAAGUGUGUGAAUAUGAGAGGAGAAUAUGUUGAAUAAAAUCAUAAUUAACUGAUCCUCUUGUAUUUUCUUUUACUUAAAGCCAAAAACUUUUCAGCACGCCCUUGUAAUACUGUUAAAGAUGUAAGAUGUCUUGUUUGUAUUUUAUCUUUGUUGAUUGUUGCAUAAAUCCAUAUGAACGAGAGUAACGAAUAAAAUAUCUAUUCAAUCGAA